UCACAAAAAAGAAUCCAUCUUGCCACUUUUACGCAUCUUUACGCAACAAUCACGUGACUUCCUUACGCUACUGCUGGCGGCUCACGCACACCCGCGGGGUUAAUUGGAGUCACAGUCAAUUUCAGGAACUUGAUUGUCUUGUCCAAAAUGGCCAGUGAUAAGGUGAGCCUGUAAAUCACGCCCUCGGCCGUGCAGAGGAUGCUUGCCAACUAUAGCCUCGUUGGUGGAGCUCGCUAGCGCCAGAGGUUUUAUAACAAACAUGAGGGCGACCCGCACCAAACACAGCUUACUGAGUGUCUGCGUCCUGUCCUCUUUUAUCUUCCUGUUGUGUUCCACCUGCACCGGAGUUAUGGCCGGGCGGAAGAUGGCCUCUCAUCACCCCACGUUGAGGCGCAGCCGUCGGAGUCAUCAGAGCGCAAAGCACAAAGGCGCGCACCACCGGCCGCUGACGGACGAGCAGAAAGCGGACCAGAACCUGCGGUUCAUGUUGAGUUUGUACCAGAGUGCAGCCGAACCGGACGGCAGGCCCAAACAGCAUCGCAAGUUCGGCUCCAACACGGUCCGACUACUGAGACCAUCGACGUCGUCGGUGCACUACCUGCCAUCGUCAAGAGACCACCACUACAGCUUCACAGUACAGUACAACCUCGACACUCUUCCUUCAGAGCAGCUCAUCAGAGCCUCAUUCAUCCACCUCCGCUCUUCAUCCUCUCCCUCCUCCUCAACCACCACAACCUCGAGCACCACCGGGGCCCUUGAGCCACCCCGCUGCAGGGCUCAGAUCACCUCACUGGGCAAAGAGAGCCUGGUCACCCUGGAGCCCCAUGAGUGGUGGACAGAGACAGACAUCACUGCACACGUCCAGCGGGGGAAGGACCAGGGCACGGGGGGCCACUUGACCCUCACUGCCCAGUACUGGUGCACAGAGCUUGGGCAUGCUGAAGAGGACAGCCGCUUCUCGUGGUGGUGGUUGUGGACUCGUCUUCAAGGAAGAAAAAUAUGGAGAGGUGAGCCUCAUCUCGAAGUCCCAUCUCUUCUCUUAUACCUGGAGGAGGAAAGGGAAGUGAAGGACUGGAUGGGGGACUUGCUGGGGGCUGAAGGGGAAAACAUCAUGAGGCGAAUAGGGCAGUGGCAUCCUUCGGCUCGCCGGCACCGCCGCUCCAAAGACCCCUCAUCUUCAGAGGCCAAAGAUCUUUCGUUGGAUGCUUUAAAAAACGCCCCUACUUCCUCUUCUUCCUCCUCUUUUCCCACCUCCCCCUCUGCCUCCAUCAUCUCCGAUAUCCCCAACUACAAACACAAAACCAGCAUGCCUAAGAACCGCUGCAAGCUCCACUCCUUUCGCCUCUCCUUUGACGAGCUCGGCUGGGGUCACUACUUCAUCGCUCCGCCGGUGUACAACCCGCGGUUCUGCCAGGGCAACUGCCCGAGGGUGCUCCACUACGGCUACCACUCCCCCAACCACGCCAUCAUCCAGACUGUCAUCAACGACCUGGGCGUCGGGGACGUUCCUCCUCCGUCCUGCGUGCCUUAUAAGUACAUGCCCAUGAGCGUGCUGGUCGUGCACAAGAAGAAGGUGGAGUACAGGGAGCUGGAGGACAUGGUGGCCGAGUCGUGCACGUGUCGCUAAAGCCUCAGGAGCAGACUCGAAUGACUUGAAUAUGCUUAGCACUGAGAAAAGAGACUGAAGGGGGCAGAUUUGAUGGGUCAUUUGUUUGAUCUACAGCUUGGCGGCUAACCAUAACGAGCUCGAGACUGGAAGGAGGAAGUUGUUGUGGUUUCAGAUCUUCACCAUCCCUGUUAAGCACUUUAAAAGAGAGCUGCUGAAUGCAACUCCGGCCUGUGAGGAACUGUGGGCUGCGCAGACGAGAGGCUGUGUCUACUUACUGAUUUUUUUUGUUUUGUUUUUUGGAAUAAUUGUUCUGUGAGCUGUUUAAAGCACUGUGCAGAUUGGUGAAUGUGCUGGUUGCUAUAUUCAUAGUCACUAGUGUAAUUUUCCUACUGAGAUCAAAGGGAGCUGGCAAAUUUGGAAGCAUUUUAAGCUACUUGAGGACAACUUAACUUACUUUAAGUGGUAAUUUAACUAAGCUAAACCUAACUUUCAGGGGGAACUUAACAAAAUAAAAAUAACUUCUACAGUAACUUGAUAAAAUUGACUAAACUGAUCUAAGUCGAGGAGUAACCACUGGUUUGUUUGUAAUAUUAAACUGAGCAAAUUGAAGACAAACACAUGCAGAAUCCAUCUUCAAUAUUCAACCUCAAACCACAGCCAUCUAAUGACUAUGUUCUUUCUUGUCCCUGUCUGUGUAUUCAUUUGUUUUUUUUUUUGUUUUUUUCUGUAUUCUUUUUUUAAAAAAAAAAACUGAUCUGUGUUUCACAUCAGGGCUGCAAUUCUCACGAAGAACCAGCAAAAAAGCCUGUAUUCGCGGGUAAAAAAAAAAGAAAUUCUGGAUAACGUCUGAGGCCACUUUCCUCUGUAAGAAAUUAGACACUGCUAAAGAAACUUAUUUUAAUGGACGAGGGGUCGACCGUGUUGGAUGUAACUUUAAGGUCCUUGUGACGUUAAGUUUUUGCUGUUUACAAUCUGAGCUUUUUUCAUUUUGUACUUAUUUAUAAUGGGAGGGGCCUCCAAAAACUUGAAUAAAGUGCUGCUUCUGGCCUGUCUUACAAAAGAAUUAAACACAAAAUGAAGAAAUGAAGUAUUAAGAAGUGUAACAGUGUUGAACGUUAAAGAAAAGAGUAAUGUGUAAUGGGAAGGAAUGCAAUUUUUAUUACGCGUGAAAAUGAAUAAUAAAAUAAAAUGCAUGUUUUCUAAAA